UCUGCUUCAACCUCUAUGGCUUGCCUUAUUUGUAAAUUUGUUGGGAAAGAAAAUCAGGAAAUCGGGAGUAAAAUAAUGGUGAACUUACUUCGAUGUGAGUGCUGACAGUGAAAUAAGAAAGUGUUUCAAAAGUGUACUGACAAAGCUAGUUCUUGAGAGAAUGAGGAUAGUUAGCUGCAUAUCUGUUCAACAACAGUUUAAGAAAAUUAUUGGGACAUGCCACAAGGUCUAAAGAGAGGAAAUAAAUAGUCAACCAUGUCGGAAACGGCAGUUUUAGUGCCAGAUACGGCCAUUGCUGCGUCACCCAAAAAGAAAAACAGACCUAAAAAGAAGCAAAAAAAUGAUACUUUAAAAAAUGUACAAAAACCUAUUUUCAAGCAAACGCAGGAUGUUGAAUUAGAGAAGGCUGUUCAAAAGCGGGACACAGACAGUGCGAGUUUCUCAAAGAAUACAGGGAGUAGCAAGGCUGCAACACCAGAGAGAACAAACAAAGGACAACGUCCACAGUACCAACAGAAGAAGAAAAACAAUGGCACUCCUAAGAAAACUAACACUGCCCAAUUACAAAAUCAUUCUCCUGCUCAAAAAGCUGUGCAUCAACAAGAAGACACUCGUGUCAAAGGCAGUGAAUAUAAUCCACAAGAAAACAUCUCACGUGAAAAGAAAAAGUACCAGAUGGAGUUACAGAGGAGGCAAAUGGAAGAAGAGAGAAGGAAGAAUUGGCAUCAUUAUUUUCUGACAAAACCACAUGAUCUCUUAACCAUUGAUCGAAACAAGGUUGUGGUUCUCAAGUCGGUAGAAAAGUCAAGACCUCAAGCACAGUUUUUGUGUAUGGUGUGCAAUUACUACUGUGACAGUAUGGCAGUUGUGUCUACCCACAUUCAGAAACCCGCUCAUCAAAGACUACUCCAGGACUACAACGAUGAUGUGACACUGAGGGAACUACCAGAGCUGACCAGGGAUCAGCUAGCUAUCCUUAACACCUACCUUGCGAAGAUUGUGACUGACCGUGGCAUGGAUCCUGGAGACCUCGAGACCCGCAGGACUAUUGCUGUCUUGGUGGGGGAACUUGUUAGCACCAACCUCCCAGGUUGUUCCAUUCGUCUGUUUGGCUCGUCAAUCCACGGCCUGGGACUUAAGACUGCCGAUGUCAACAUUGACCUACAGGUGCCAAAAGAUGCACUUCCACCUGCCAUGUUGAAAGGAGUCGCUGCUCUGCUCAGGAAAUCUGCUCAUUUUGUAAAUGUAGUGGAGAAUUUUGAUUGCGAGUUUCCAUACGUCAGUUUCCGAUACAAGAAAAGUGGAGAGUUGUGUUCUGUCAGCCUCAACAACGAGAGGGCUGUAAGCCUGGCUAUCCUUUUGUCCAAGUACACACCUCUUGAUCCCCGUCUAGCACAGCUUGCAACCUUGUUUCGCUCUUGGGGACAGAUGACAGACACGGAUAAGCCACAAGAAGGGACAUGGCCUGGUUACGCUUUUUAUUUGAUGACAAUAUUCUACUUGCAACAGUGUCCCAAUCCUGUUCUUCCUGUUCUUAAUGAUCUCUUGGCUGAAAAGGGUGAAUCAGAAAGUGCCAACACCACCAAAGUACUAAGUAUGAAUGUCAGUGAAAUAAAAGAGAAAUGGAGAACAUCGAAUAAACAGAACCUGGCUUCUCUUUGGAUUGGACUGCUCAAGUUUUACACAAUUGACUUCAACUACAUGGAAUAUAUUGUCAGCAUCGAUUCGUCUACACUAAUUCCUCGAAAGACAAGGAAGAUCUUCAUUGUGGAUCCGUUUUUGCCUACGCGCAAUGUGGCACGCAGCGUAACAUGUAACUCGAUGUUUUACUACAUUCUGGGCUGUCUGUUCACCACUUGCCGCUACUUCAGCAUUCCUCAGACCAAGAAUGGACCACUGUUUGGUGACAUCUACGUGCCAGCCACCAAUUAUCAUCCGGACCAUGAGGCUCUGCUGUAUGCUCAUGAUAGUAUCAACUCACAAUUUAUUCAACUUCUCUUGAAGCUUGAUCAAAACUUUCAUCAGUCUAAAGCCGGUAUAUUGGAGAGGAAUUUGAAUGAGUUUCUCCAGCUGAUACAAGCAAAUGAAUUCCACAAUAUAGACAAUAUGCCACUGAGGUCUCUGGAGUGGGGUACCUGCGCUCCUCAACUCUACCGGAUGAUGCGUGUAUCACCACGUGACGCUAAACUCAUUGUCUCAUCCGUUAACCCGAAAUGUCUAGAAUACAACUUCAACAUUCCCAACUGCACUGGUGGAGAGAAAGCACCCAGAAUCUGUAGUGUAUGCAGACGAGAGGGCCAUUUGAAGGACAAUUGCCCUGAAGAGAGGUUACCACCGCUGGAACCUCUGCCAGAACGUACCCCAGAGGCUAUGAGUGUACUUGACCACCUGUGCCAACACAUCUUUGACAAAUGGAGGCAGAGUGACGAAGAUAUCAUGAUGAGAGAGAAAAUCUGUAGAGAGCUGCAGGAGUUCAUCACUGCAGUCCAUCCCUUUGCCACGCUCGAAUUGUUCGGCUCAACCAAGAAUGGUUUUGGUCUUAAAGGAUCAGACAUGGAUAUCUGUCUCACGUUUUCAAAUAACAAGACUGGAGAAGGGCUGGAUGCUAGAGCUUUCAUAGACGUUCUAUACAGACUCCUAAAAACAUUUAAAGGUGUACAAGAUCUCUUGCCUAUUGCAACUGCCAAGGUUCCUAUAGUGAAGUUCACUCACAGAGCUACGAAGUUGGAUGGAGAUAUCAGUCUAUAUAAUGUUCUUGCAAUGGAAAAUAGCAAACUGCUUUGUACUUACGCCAAGAUUGAUGAAAGAGCCCGGAUUCUUGGGUACAUGAUGAAGAGAUUUUCAAAAGUUUGUCGAAUCGGAGAUGCUUCUAAGGGGAGUCUUUCAUCCUACGCUUACACACUACUAGUUAUCUACUUUCUGCAGCAGUGUCAACCGCCUGUGCUGCCAGUGCUUCAAGAGUUGACGGAAUCAGGUCCUCCUCCAAAACAUAUCGUUGAGGGCUGCAAUGCUUAUUUUUUCGAGGAUCUCUCAAAACUGGACCAAGUCUGGCCAGGUAGAGGACAGAACACUCAGAGUGUGGGGGAACUGUGGCUCAACCUUCUCGUCUUCUACACAGAACAGUUUGAUAUGGUCAAUAAUGUGAUCUGUAUCAGAUGCAGUCAUACGGUUACAAAAUUUGAGAAGCUCUGGAUAUCAAAGGGCUUUGCUAUUGAAGACCCAUUUGAUCUCUCUCAUAAUUUAGGUUCCGCCCUUACCAGGAAAAUGUCAUUGUAUAUCAUAAAAGCCUUGAGAAAGGGACGGAAUCAUUUUGGACGCCCCAUGAACCCAAAAAUGCGUGCAAGAGAUAUUGAGGCAUACUACCUGAAUGUAAGGGAUCUCACAGAUGGGGAGCCACCCAAUGACAGGGGUUGUCGAAUCUGCAAGUCUAUCGGACACAAAGAAAAAAAUUGUCCCGAAAAGAAGAAAAAAGGAUGGAGCAAGCCAAAUAAGAAAAAAGAAAGCAUACCCAAAAAAGAGACAACUGCAAGGAAACCCCCAAUAGAAAACCAGGAUGAUGAAGAAGAAUAUGAUGUCGAUAGUAAUUCUGAUAAAGAAAGUUCUGAGCAGGAAGAUUGGUGGUCUAGAAAUCCAGAAAGGGAAGACUUUAAAAAAUCAGAAAGGGUUCUCAUGCACAAAACAGUAAUGAGCUCUGAGAUCAAUGGCCACACCAAUACAUCGGAUCAGCUGCCCAGGACAUCUCCUGGCGAGAUGUCACCAGUUCCUCCUGGUUUCAUGGCACAAGAUUCGAGUCAAACUCCUAACCAUCAGAUUCCACAAUUCCCUAUCUAUUCCCCAAAUAAAACACCUCUCACAAACAAUACCCCACAGAAGUGUCCGACUACGAACAGUGCAAAUACUUCAAAAUCAAUGAAAUUAUCUUCAAAUAGUGCAAAUACUUCAAAACCCAUGAAAUUAUCUUCAAAAAGUGCAAAUAUUUCAAAAUCCAUGAAAUUAACUUCAAAAAGUACAAAUUCUUCAAAAUUAUUGAAGCCACAAUCUCCAGACACCACUUUUUCACCUCAAACUCCCAUGAGCAAUAAUAAACAAAUGCCUAUUCCGACAAUUGUGUUUAACAAUUCAAAAUUGAGUACUGAACCUACCCAUAGUUCAAUAAAUCCAGUUAGGUAUCAUUUCCCCCCUGGACAGGAAUUGGUUCGCCCACCCCCAGGGUUCAUUCCAAUGCCCCAAAAUAACCAACGAUUUCCCAAUUCAGUUCCAUUUCAUCAUGAACAAAAAGCUGUGGGACAAAAUACAUGGAAUUUUGAAGGCUUUCCUUACUUAACCACUACGGGUAUGACAAGCCCUCAACUGGAAUACAUGUGUGGUGUUCCCAUAUACGCUUCGCCACCCCCUCCCAUCUCACCAAGUGUGACUUCACCUCGACCUCCUGUAGGACCCGCCUUUAACAGCUUACGCUUCACAGGCAUGCUGGGACCCACUGAGCAGCUGAUCUGGGGCCAAUCUUCUCCUCCCCCCACCCAACCACCUACUUUCCGACCCAACACAUCAGAGAGAGCCUACUCUGACUCUGGACCUGUGCACGGCCUUGAUGCUUCAAUUUCAAAAAUACACAUUACUUCAUCUACAAAUAAUAUGUCUUCAUUAGUUGACCUGGCUCAACAAGAGCUUCAAACUACUCCAGAUUUCCCCAAAAACGAAGGUGAAAUCGCUCAAAAUAAAGCCAACCAUGGUUUCUCAGUCAGUAGUAACAAUGUUGUUAAUUCUACUUGAAUCAUGAUGGGAGGAGCGCAAAAUUGCACAAAAUCCCUUACACAUUUGCCAGAUUCAGGUUGAAUACAUAAUAGAUUAUAUAUAGGCUGUGACAGAAAUACCACCUAUUCCCUUAGUUGUUAUAAUUUUAUUGUGGUAUGCCUAUUUUCAAAGACUUCAUUAUCGUAAUAUUUUUCUUCGUCCAUUGUUUGACAAGAACACAGAGAAUUCCUCAUAAUACAGCAAAUGCACCACCACUGAGCUGAAUAUUGCACCAUAUGAAUUGGUUUAAAUUAAAUUGUAUAAUUUAUUUCUCUUUGUAUUUUACAAAAACUGUUUUUGUCAGUUAUUUAUACAUUUAAAAAAACUUAAUAUACUUGUAUUAAUUUAAAACAAAUCCCUUCAAUAUGUUUCAUUUCAGUAACUGAAUGGCAUUGUGUACUUUUGUAUGAAUUUUUAUAUUAUUAGUCUUGUGUUUUGCAACACCAAUGCUUGGCAAAGUUACCAAAUUAUUAUACACUUUUCUAUCUAACACAAUACAAUAAUUAAUUCAGUGGUAGUUUUUCUUUUAUUUUAUGAAUGUACUGAUGUAUUCAGAUUUUAUAUUUUAUUAAAUUAAAUGUAAUAUUUUAUACCUUUUUGGUUUGUUGCUAGGAUGGGGUUAUGUGUAUUUUAUUAUUUUAUGUAUCUAUAGUUUUCCUUCAGUAUAUGUUACUAUGAGUUGGAAUAGGUUACAUUAACCUAUUAUUAUUAUGUUAUUAAUGUUGUGGUAUAGUUUUAUCUAUUUAGACAAUAAUAGUCUGUUAAUUAUUGAUAUUUAGUAACCAUUGUUUAUUUACUAUGGUUUAUAUUCCUGCUAUGUUAUGGUUUGACAAAUUAGUUAUGCAUGUUAAAAAAUAUUACAUUUGAAGAAUAAUCUUGAAAAUGGAAAUGUAAAUUUUUAAAUAUAAUAUAUUAUUAAUGUUAGUAAUUUUACAUUUUUAUGUUUACAUAUUGAAUUUACAGUGUGCAUAAACACAUUUUGAGUGCAUAAUAGAUUAAUAAACCUAAAUAAUUCUAUUUUUGUGUCUGUUAGUAAAGUUUUAUAAAUAAAAUUGUGUUUAUUAUACAUUUUUA